CACGACGUCAUCAGCAGGCGACACGGACAUAACGCGCACCUGAAAAUUGCAUAGAAAAUUGCUCAGGAACGGCUGCAAUUCAUAACAGGUCAGGAUGUCCCGCGUGUGGACGGGCGGUCACUCCUCCCCGGUGCUGUGCGCUGCCGUGUCCUGCGAGUCGGCGGUGGCGACCGGAGCCGAGGCCGGAGAGCUGACCCUGUGGAGCCCCGCCGGCUCUCCGCUGUCCUCGCUCCGCCUGAGCGCUGACGUCUCGGGCCUGUGCUUCUCCCCGGCCAACGCCUCGCUUCUGUGCGCCUGUCACGGGCGGGCCGUGACCCUGCUGGACCUGCGGAGCCUGAAGACGCCGCUGGCGGAGCUGGAGGACGUGGCCGAGGACGAGAUCAACGGUGUGUGUGUGGACGAGAGCGGGCGAACGCUCGCUGCGGGCGACGACACCGGGGCCGUGACCCUCGUGGAUCUCCAGCUGAUGAAGGCCAGCGGGACGCUGCGCACACACACCAACAUCUGCUCGUCCGUGGCCUUCAGACCGCGCCGGCCUCAGAGCCUGGUGUCUGCGGGACUCGACAUGCAGGUGUGUCUGUGGACCCUGCCGAAGCCCCGUCCCGUCUGGAGCGUCAGUCUGCAGGACACACAGCAGGAGCACACGGGGCAGGUGUUCAACCCUCCUCUGGCUCACUGCGUGUGUGUGUCGUCCUGCGGGGACGUGUGUGUGUGCGCGGCGGAGGACGGCGGGCUGCACCUGCUGCGGGUGUGUGCCGACGGCCGGCUCCGGGAGCGCGGGAUGAUCCCGGCACACAGUCAGGGGGCGUCGCAGGCUCACUUCAUCAGCUUUCUCUCGCACCCGUACUGGCUCGCCAGCGGAGGCAACGACGGGCGUGUGGCUCUCUGGGACCUCAGCCGGCACCCGCUGGUGGAGCACAGCAAGAGGAAGAGGAGGACCAGGAGGCGCCAGAACACGCGGGACGAGGACGAGGAGGAGACGACACCCCGCCUGUGUUUCCAGCACGCAGAGAAGGUGAACUGGGUGUGUCCCGCUGUGCUGGAGGGAAAGCCCAGUCUACUGGUGACCGACCAGACCAACUGCCCAACGGUGUACCCGCUCGAGCCACUGUGACAUUAAACUCAUGCAAACUUCAAGAUCUGCAGCUUAUCAUGGCUUUCUCAGGCGUUUGCUCCUCUGUUGAUCUGAUGUGUGUGUUUAUCAGGCCCUCACACUGCGACUAAAGCCCUUUCAGGCGGCACUAGUUUAACAUGGAGAGUCAUUAUCACCGGAGCUUCUCAGUGAUGUUAGUCCCGUCUGAAUGUGCAUCUCAGUCAUCAUCACGCUCAAUAUCAGUACAGAUUACAGACACUUUCACCUGCUGGAAAAAUGACACUAAUCGUGUGCGAAUAGACCCGCUGUAAAUGCCAGUGUUGUAGUACUCGAGACUCGGACUCGUCUCGGACAUGUAAGUUUCUGGAUAUUUUCUGCUGGCGACGGCUUCGAUUACCUCUCUCUUUUUUGACCAUACAUGUGUUUGCAUCCCUGAGAACCCUGGACCUAACUGGUUUAUAUAUAUAUAUAUAUAUACUGUAUAUAAGGUUAUAUGUGUGAGUGCAUGUGAUAUCAGGAAGCAGCAUAAUACACACAUGACGACAGGAGUGACUGUGAUCAGUAAAUCAAGUUUUUUUUGCAUCAUUAUGUUCAGUUUUACAUUUUCAGUACUUAAAUACAUUAUUGUAUUUGUUUAAUAAAGCAGCUGUAACUUUUGAAACAGGCUUGAUUUUUCUGAAAUCAGAAUGAUCAGCAAUCAUGAACAAGAUGGUAAAGUUUGCAGAAAACUGGCUUGAAAAAGCCUAACCAGAAA